CUUGGGUUCCCUGGGAGACGGCGGGGGCGAGCGGCCGGUCAUGGAGCCCAGGGUCGUCAAGCCGCCAGGGCAGGAUCUCGUAGUGGAACGACUCAAAAGCCGAUACGGCCUCGCGGGACGCUGUUCUGUUCAGCAUGAGUUUUCAAAUUUUGAUCAGGCUAAAUAUAAGAGCUCUCUAACCUCCCCAGACUAUUUGGAUAUCUACUGCUCUGGAGAUAAAGUUGUUUCAUCAUUAAGAUGUUACUCAGAUGAAAGAAAGCAUUAUACAACACCUUUUUGCAGUUCAUUCAAACACUUAAAUGUGACUUGCCUAGAUGAUGAACUGGAUUAUCUGCAUGACUGGAAGAAACAGGAAACAGAAGAAUUAAUUAAGAGGGAUCAUAAAGAUACUGCCUCCAAAAUAACAAAGCAGUCUCUUAAAGAUACAGAAAAAGUUGCCCUGCCGUCAAGACCUGGCACUGAAUGUUGUAAUGAUGGCAAAGACUUUUCUUUGCAACAUGUCACCUCUCCAAAAUGUAAAGUGUCAAGCAAGCAAAGCUUACUUCCCCAUCAAAUAAAUCAAAUAUAUGAUGAAUUAUUUCAUAUACAUCUGAAAUUACAGUGUGAAACUACAGCACAACAGAAAUUUGCUGAAGAACUAAAAAAACGAGAACAUUUUCUAGUGGAAAGAGAAAAACUGCUUUUCAGACAUGAAAAUGCCUUGAGUAAAAUUAAAGGUGUUGAAGAAGAGGUUCUUACAAAAUUUCAAAUUAUAAAGGAGCAACAUGAUGCAGAAAUUGAACACUUAACUGAAACUCUCAAGGAAAAGAAUAAAGAAAGCAAGAGACUGAGGUCUUCUUUUGAUACACUGAAAGAACUGAAUGAUAACUUAAGGAAACAGCUAAAUGAAGUAAGUGAAGAAAAUAGGAAGAUGGAGAUUCAGGCUAAAAAAGUUCAAGCUCGUUUAGAUAAUUUACAGAGGAAAUAUGAGUUUAUGACAAUACAGAAAUUGAAAGGAAAUUCUCAUUCAGCUCAUGAAAUGAAAAGUUUAAAGCAAGAAAAAGUACCAGUUUCAAAAAGUUUUAAGGUACCACUUAAUGGACAAGUAUAUGAACUUAUAAUUGUUUUCAUGGACUGGAUAUCGGACCAUCACCUUAGCAAAGUGAAACAUGAUGAAUCUGAUAUGGAUGGUGACAAGCCGUUACUCCCGUCUUCUCAGAGAAAUGAUAUUCAAGAGAAGUGUGUAAAGCUUUUGCCUUUGAUGACAGAGCAGCUACAGUGGAUGCCAUUUGUGAAUGUCAAACUUCAUGAGCCUUUUGUAAAGUUUAUAUAUUGGUCCCUAAGGCAGCUAGAUGCUGGAACACAACAUUCAACUAUGACAUCAACAUUGAGGAGAUUGGGUGAAGACAUAUUCAAAGGAGUGGUAAUUAAAGGAAUUCAGGAUAAUUCUUCAGAGAACUCUAUAGAGAGUAAACCAAAGACAGCUGCAUUCUUUAAGAGCUCCAGUUUGUCAUUGAGGUUUUUAUCAACCUUAAUUGUUCUUAAGACAGUCACACAAGCUGAUUACCUGGCUCAGGCAUUUGAUUCUCUUUGUUUGGACCUGAAGACAGAUGAGGGCAAGACCUUGUUUUUGGAGUAUCAAGCUGUGCCAGUAAUACUAAGUCAUUUAAGAAUAUCCAGUAAGGGACUUUUAUCCAAUGUCAUUGAUAGUUUACUCCAGAUGACAGUAGAAUCAAAAUCCUUGCAGCCCUUCCUAGAAGCCUGCAGCAACUCUUUAUUUUUCCGCACUUGUUCUGUGCUACUUCGAACCCCUAAACUUGAUCUUCACAUCCUGGAGAAGCUCAGUAUUAUCCUCCAGAAACUUUCCAAAAUCAAGAGUAAUAAGAAGCUCUUUGAACUUUUUACAAUUCAUCUGAUGCUUCAAGAAAUACAAAGGACAACACAUCCAGAACAUGCUUUUCUCUGUAUUAACCUCAAUUCAACUUUGUUCAAUUUGGGUUUAACAAAAUGCAGCUCCCUAGUGUCAAAUGCAAGCCAUUAGAAAGGUGUGGGUGUGGGUGUGUGUCUGGUGCUUAUUUGUAAAAGUGUUUUAAAAAUCAUCCAAGCAAGAUUCUACCAAGAGAGUUACUAAUAGCAUGAUUUAUCAUGAAAGAUUACUAGAAAAGUAUUUUUCUUUUUUUCAACUAUGUAAGUGAGAUCUAUAGAAGCUAGGAAGUUUUAGAUGUUCUAGUUUAAGGUAGUACUGUUGCAUGAGGUGGCAUUUACAGAAUUCAUGACACUGAUGUUACUUUUCAUAAAUCCGCUCAAAGUUUUCUUAAAAUUAUGUGACAUUUUGAAAUAAAAUUUGUGCUUAUGUGGAAACAGCUUAAAAA